GCGAAUACCACAAACCAGAGCGCUAAUAGUAUCAAGUUAAGGAUUCAGAAGUUUUUUUAAUUCAAAUUUUACUAGAUUGUACUGCAUUUUCGCUUCAUUUUGUUCGAAUUGAAUGAUGGUGAAAGUUGCAGGCGCAAAACUAGGAGUUUCGCUAUCUCAACAGAAGAAAAAGGUUAAAAGUACCGAGAUUGGUCAAAAUGUUGGUUCCUUUGGUAAAAUAUUCGGUGCAGAACAAGUGAAGAGGUCGGCGUCCGAACUUUCGCCACAAAAGAAUGCUCCGUCAAGAAAGAGAUCGGCAUUUGGGGACAUAACAAAUGCUGUCCAAGUUUCACAAAUUGGCAAAGCCAAGAAGACGAAAGAACGGAGUUCUAAGAUUGUGAACAAAUCUGCAGUUGUUCUGACAUCAAAAUCUCAUUGUGCACGUGAAGAAGGCAUUCGUAAUAACAUCCCCGAUUUGGAGUUGCUUUCAUCGUCUGACGAGUUAUUGAGUUCACAAGAGUCUAGUGAAUACGCUUCAAGCCAAGAGCAAAAGGCCGAACAGGUGACAAAUGACGCGGAAAUGAAAGAUUUGAGUUGUGGAAUAAAAUCAAAUGAAGAACUUAAAGGGGRAAGUGGAAGUCAUUUCUUAGCAGAGGGUGAAUGUAAACCAUCGUCUAACAGAAAUGCCAAAAUAAUUCCCUACAAUGUCACAGAUAUUGAUAAGGAUGUGACAGACCACUUUAUGGCUGCUGAAUAUGCAUAUGAAAUUUUUCAAAAUAUGAAGGCUAGAGAGGAGCUAUUUCCCUUGAAAUCAUAUAUGGACUCUCAGAAAGAACUAUCAAUAAGCAUGAGAGCUAUUUUAGUAGACUGGUUGGUUGAAGUGCAGGAGAGUUUUGAAUURUAUCAUGAAACGCUCUAUGUUGGAGUGAAGAUUCUUGACAACUUCCUGAUGAAGUGUCCUGUUAAGAGAGAAGACUUGCAGUUAGUUGGUGCAGUAGCAUUAUUUAUUGCAUCAAAAGUUGAGGAGAGGCAUGCACCUUGCCUUGAUGACUUCCUGUACAUUUGUGAUGAUGCAUAUCAGCAUUCUUCAUUUGUUGCCAUGGAGAGAAAUAUGCUCAAAGCUUUGGAUUUUGAGCUCAAUAUCCCAAUUCCUUACCGUUUUCUUAGGCGAUAUGCAAGGGCUGCUUUUGCAGAUGUACAAACACUGACUCUUGCUCGAUUCCUACUUGAGUCAACUCUCCAUAACUAUCAGUUCCUUGAAUAUAAACCAUCCCUCUUAGCAUCUGCAUGUCUAUACCUGGCUUUACAAAUGCAAAAAUGUGGUACUUGGACUUCAACAUUAGUCUAUUACACAGGCUAUAAGUCUGAAGAACUGAAAGAGUGUGUACUAAAGCUAAAUGCAAUGAAUUCUGAACCACCAAAGAAAAACCUCAUGACUGUGCGGAAUAAAUAUUCACACAAAGUUUUUCAUGAGGUAGCACUGAUCCCCCCUGUUGAUGUGCUUUCUCUUGAUUUCCAGUAAAAUCCUUUUUAUAUCUAAUUUUUAGUUGAAGAAAUAUUUUUUAAACAAAAAUGUAAGCCCUAUUAUUCUUUAGUAAUCAUCUUUUUUUUAUAGCAGAGUUGUUAGACCAUGAUUAAUUAUUAAUAAACAUUGUACAUUAGAGUGGUUUUCUGUCAACCAUAAAAAGAAAAUAGACCAACUAGUUAGUAGCAAUGAGUAAUAGUCAAUAUAACUUUUAGACAUAUAAACUAUAAACAAAUAGCUAACAAACAACAGUUUGAAUAAAUUAAAAGUUUAGUUAGUGGUUGCUUGAACUGCAGACGAAUGAUGAUGAUGAUGAUGAGUUACCACAACAAAAACGACCAUUAAAAUAAAAAAAACUUGUUUUUGUGAUGAGUAUGUUUAUACCUAUAUCAAUCGGAUACAAGCUAUAGACUAUUAGUAUUGGUCUAUUACAAACUGCUACUAACUAUUAGACUAAUUGUGCUUUCAUGGUUGAUGGAAAACCACUCUAUAAUUAACUUUAGGUUUCUGGACAAUUUAUUCUUGAAACUCAAUAUAUUAUAUUGUUCAUUAUGAGCACAAUUAACAUGCAGAAUAAGUCUUUUGAUAUAUUACUGCUGSUCAUAGGAAUUACUAGUUUCAAAAAUGGGUCUAAGAUAUGAAAUGCUAUAUUAAACUUUAAAGUGGGGACUAGUAUGAAACAAUUAAUUAUUGUAAAUAGUCAAUUCUGUUAAUUUGAAUUUAAGCUGAACAUUUUAGUAUAUAAUGUUUUAUUAUUGAAUAGUAUAGAAAAUUUUAUUUUUAGUAAUUUGUGUGUUGUGCAUUUAUGUAGAGGGAUUUUCAUCAAACGGAAUAUAUAAACUCCUCUUUAAUGUAUAAUGUGUCAAAACAGCACGUAGACUUAUGAAAAUUACCCUAAUCAUUUUCGAUAGCCGGGAAUUAAUAUUUUCGCGAACUUUGCAAUAAUAUUUAUUAGCAUUAAUAAAAAAAAGUUCGCUGAACUAUUAUUUCCGUAAAACAAUAAAUAAAUUUCAAAUUUACUAAUACAGGAAAAGUUCGCGUAACGUGAUUUCUCAACAUUCGCGAAGUAGCGCUUUAGUACUAUAAACCCUUUCUUCUAAUACAGGAAAAGUUCGCGCAACCUCAUUUCCCAACAUUCGCGAAGUUAGCGCUUUGGUACUAWAAACCCCUUCUCUACUUAUACAGGAAAAGYUCGCGUAACGUCAUUUCGCGCAAAGCGCAACUUCGAGAAUGUUGAGUUGCCUGUAUACUACUUUGCUAAAAACAUUCACUGAUUCAACAUUAAAAAUUAAAAUUCUAGUUUUACCGUAAUAUUCUGUUCGUAAUAAUGUCUGAAACGACA